AUGCAGCUAAAAUUUAUGAAAACUAUUGUCGAGGCACAGGAUCAUUUGUAUCGUGUCGCUGGUUUGUGCUGGUCCUCCAACAACCAAAAACUAGCGGUGGCAACGGCCGACAGGACCAUCCUACUGUUCGAUGAAAAUGGCGAUCGGCGUGAUAAAUUCUCUACCAAAGCGGCCGAUCCGAAUGCGGUGAAGAACUCGUACGUUAUCCGGGGCAUCACGUUCAGCCCGGACUCGACCCGGCUCGCCGUCGCACAGAGUGAUAGUAUCGUGUACGUGUACAAGCUGGGCGAACAGUGGAACGAGAAGAAGGUGAUCUGUAAUAAGUUCCCCCAGGGUGCCGCUGUCACGUGCAUCACCUGGUUGGCCGGUGGGCUGAUCGUGGCAGGGUUGGAAGAUGGAAAAGUGCGAUCGCUUUACAGCAAAAACAACAAAUCGAAGACGUUAUACGCCACGGACAGCAUGGUAGUCACGUUGGCACAAAACACGAAAGGGACCGGUGUCCUGUCAGGGCAUGAAGAUGGCUCGGUUGUACGCUUCCAGCUGGUAGAGGAACCGGGAGAACCAACCGGUAGAUUGUUACAACACCCGGUAGCUCCGGUGGCAUUAGCUUGGCCACAGGGUGGCAUCGUUGUGGCGGGUUGUGACAAGAAGAUCUGCUUCUACGAUCUGCAAGGACGUCCGAUGCGUACCUUCGAUUACGCGCGGGACGAAUCGGAACGAGAGUUCACCGUGGCUGCAGGCAGCCCAAACGGACAAGCUGUCGCCGUGGGUAGUUUCGACCGUCUGCGCAUCUUCAGCUGGAGUCCACGCCAGAACGCGUGGGCUGAGUCUCUCUGCAAGACCAUCCCGAACCUGUACAGCGUCACGGCGGUUUGCUGGCGUAAGGACGGAUCCCGUUUAGCCGUUGGGUCCUUGUGUGGAGCCGUUCUGGCGUACGAGUCCGUGCUUCGACGCACCAUCUGGCAGGACAAGUUCGAGCUGACGUUUGUGGCCCCUAGCCAGGUGUUGUUGCGAUCGCUACACGAGCCGAUCACAACGAUGCUGGUGGAGUCGCAGCUUGGGCUUGAAAUCGAUGACAUCCGCAUCAUGGGAAAGGACAGCUACCUAGUGGGACGCACCGAGGACUCACUGAUCUUGUGCGACCUGACACGCUCCCUAACGAGCGAAAUCCCAUGGAUCGCAACGGGCCGUCACGAGCGGUUCUACUUCGAGAACCCAACAGUGGCGUUGAUCUUCAACGCGGGUGAGCUCUCACUGGUCGAGUAUGGCGAGCACUACAUCCUUGGAUCGGUACGCACGGAGUUCGUAAACCCGCACGUCAUCUCGGUGAGGCUGAAUGAACGGGGCAACACGCGCAACAACAAGAAGCUGGCCUACCUGCUUGACAUGAAGACGGUUUGCGUGGUGGACCUGAUGCUGCAGUCGACGAUCGCGCAGAUCACGCACGAUUCUAAAAUCGAUUGGCUGGAGCUGAGCGAAACAGGCCAUAAACUGUUAUUCCGUGAUCGCAAGAUGCGCCUUGUGCUGGUCGACGUGGGUAGUGGUCAGAAGCAGACGUUACUGGCGAAGGUAGCCUUCGUGCAGUGGGUUCCAUCGAGCGAUGUGGCUGUGGCGCAAAGUGACACCAACGUCGCGGUUUGGUACAACAUCGACCUACCGGAGCACGUCACCAUCAUGCCGGUGCGUGGAGAUGUCGUAGAUGUCCUGCGAGAAGAUGGCCGCACUGAGAUCAUCACCCGAGAGGCCGCUUCAGAACACGUGUAUCCACUGGACGAGGGUCUGGUGGAGUUUGGGACCGCCGUCAAUGAUAGUGACUUUGGACGGGCGGUGUUCUAUCUGGAGUCGCUUGGAGAGAAACCCGCCGCUAAGGCGAUGUGGCACAACCUGGCGAAUAUCGCGCUGGCACAGCAAAAUCUACGAGUGGCUCAACGUUGCUUUGCUGCGCUUGGGAACGCCUCGAAGACGUUCUACAUUGGCGAGAUGAUCAAGAUAGCUGAGCAGUACGAGGAGACAACCGGACCCGGUAUGAGUUGUCCAGAAGUACGCGCCAUGAUGGCUCUGCUUGGCGGGGAUUUAAGGACGGCGGAACGCAUCUAUAUCGAGCAGGGUGACAUUGAGGCCGCCCUGGCCAUGUACACGAAGCUACGCCGGUGGGAUGACGCGAUCAAGCUGGCCGAACGCCGAGGUUACCACGGGCUAACGGAGCUGAAGGAGUCUCAGAUGGAGUUUCUGCUGUCCUCCGAUCAGGAGGAAAAGGCUGGCAAGGUGCUGGAGGAACGUGGUGAAAAGGACAAAGCCAUGACGUUGUACAUGAAAGCCAACAAACCGGUAAAAGCGGCGAAAUUGGCGCUUAAAACACCUCAUCUACUUUCGAACGAGAAUCUUAUAUCAAGGGUGUCCGCGUCGUUGAUAAAAUCCGAGCUGUUCGAGCUGGCAGCAGAGCUGGCGAACCGGACAGGGCAGCAGCAGAACGCGAUCACACUCUAUCGGAAGGGUGGUGCAUACGCGAGAGCCAUCGAACUUGCCCGCUAUGUUACGCCCGACGACGUCACCAACCUGGAAGAGGAAUGGGGUGAUUGGUUGGUCGGUAAACGACAACUUGACGCCUCCAUUAGCCACUACAUCGAGGCCGGUUCCACAGUAAAGGCUCUAGAAGCGGCCGUUGGUGCGAAACAGUGGCGAAAAGCCGUCCAGAUUGCGAAGGUAGUCGACGAUCCGGACGAGAUCCAGAAGUACGCCAUCGAACUGGCCGAACAUCUGUGUCAGAUCGGUGAUCUCAAGACGGCAGAGGAACUACUGGUACGUGCCGAGCUCCACCGGGAGGCUGUUCAGCUGCUAAACAAACACGGUCAGUGGGAGAAAGCGUUCGAGAUCGCAGAUCGCUCGCUACCGGGCGCGGAUGUUCGCGAGAUGUUCGUUGAGAUGGCGAAAGGACUCGAACGUGAGGGCAAAUACCGUGACGCUGAGCGUGUGUUGCUGACGAUCAACGAACCAGAUCUGGCAAUCGGCAUGUACAAGGAGCUCGAGUUGUACGAUUCGAUGAUCCGGUUGGUGGAACGCUUCCACAAGAGCUUGCUAGAGCAGACCCACCUGCAACUGGGUCGCCAACUCGAGUCGAAGGGAAGGCUCAAGAAUGCCGAGGUCCACUUUCUGGCUGCGGGUGAUUGGAAGGCUGCCGUGCACAUGUACUGCACCGCCAGCAAGUGGGAAGAAGCGCACCGAGUUGCCAAGCAGAAGGGAGGCCAACCAGCCUCGGAACAGGUCGCUUUCAUGUGGGCCAAAUCGCUGCCGAUCGAGAGUGCUGCACGACUGCUCACUAAGAUGAACCUGCUGGAUAGCUGUGUGGCGUACGCUUGCGAAGCAGGCCAGUUCGAUUUCGCUCUUGAGCUGUGUAAAGUUAGUGGUCGCGUGGCGGACGACGUUCAUCUGAAGAUCGCGAUGGCGCUUGAGGACGAUGGAAAGUUCACGGAGGCUGAGGCCGAGUUUCUGCUGGCACAUAAGCCUCGUGAAGCCAUCAUGAUGCAUACGCACGGUGGCGACUGGAAAGCAGCACUACGAGUUGCCGAAAAGUACCUGCCUGAGGCCGUACAUGAGGUGUUGCUGAGUCAAGCAAACGGGGCACUCGAAAGCCGCAAUUACGCGGAGUAUGAGGCACUGAUGAUCCGUGCCGAUCGGCCUGAUCUAAUUCUGGAGCACUACAAGGAGUACAACAUGGUGGCGGACGCACUACGCAUCGCCAAGGAGUACGUCCCUGGUGCGGUGGCCGAGCUGCAGAAGUUGUACACGCGCAUGAACCGCAGUGCAGGUGAGUCGACUGACUCCCGAUACCUGCUGCAGAAAGCGUCAGAACACGCACGUAACGAGGAGUUCCGUCGAGCGACGGAAUGCCUUCUGCAGAUCAACGAGAGCAACGCCGAUGAAGCGACGGUGGCACGAGCUUUGUUGCGAGCUGCCGAGAUCUGCAACCAGUUUCUCGAGGGUCCGGAAGCGAUCGAGAUGGCACGUGAGCUUGGUCCACGGUUGAUCGAGAUCGGGCAGAUAGGACCGGCGGCUCAGCUAUAUCUGGCAGCAGAGUUGCCUCAGGAGGCAGUAGACGUGUUCAUCCGCACCGACAACUGGGCAAAGGCACGUCGACUCGCGAAAGAGAUCGAUCCACAGCUGGUCGUUUACGUGGAGGCACAACAGAAGGCGCGCCUUCGUAACCAAGGCAACGUGGAACAGCUGGCAGACAUCGACAUGGUGGGUGCGUUAGAUCUCCUCGCGGAACAGGGCCAGUGGACACGAUGCAUCGAGAAAGCGAAGCAACACAGUGUGCCAGUGUUGCAGAAGUACAUGGCUCAGUACGCUGCACAGCUCAUUCGAGAUGGUGACUGCACCGGGGCACUGCAGUUGUACCUCGAGCAUGGUGUUCCACCGAUCGCCGCCAAUUACAACAUCUACAACCGCAUCGCAGUGGAAUGUUUCGCGUUACGUGAACCCGACGCGAGUGGCGUGUGGAAGAACGUGCGUACCUUUCUUCUACAUCUGGUGCAGGCCAUGCGAGGCUCGGAUCACGCCGAACCGGAGAUGAUCGAUCGCUUCGAACAUCUGCUGGUGAUCGCGCACUGUUAUGCUACACGUGCUGCCUGCCGUCAGGCGCCGGCACUGGCAUCACUGGCCAUGAAGAUAUCGGUGGCGAUGUUGCGCUAUACGGACGUGAUCCCGUGCGAUAAGGGCUACUAUGAGGCAGGCAUGGAUCUGCGAGGAUUGGGUCGCGAGGCUGAGGCGUUUGUCAUCCUGAAUCACUAUCUGGAUGUGUGUGAGGCGAUUGAGGAGGGCUCGGGCACGCUGGUAGAUCAUUCGGACCUAUCAGCGACUGAUUUUCCGAGCUCGGUGCCGAUUCCAGCUGGGUUGCACUUGAAAAAUGAGCUACAACUACACGAGGAGGUUCGCGAGUGGGUACUGGCCGUUAGUAUGGACCAGAAGGUCGACCAGGCACUUCCGACUGACGAUCGAAACCUGUACGAGGCGUGUCUGGGGCCGUCGGAUCAACCGUGUUUGGUUAGCGGAUACCCCGUGAUGGGUCGACAACCUGUUGUCUUUCAACGUACUCAUCGGUUGGCUAACAGGGACGCGUGGAGUAAGCUGACGGUGGCCGCUCGGAUGGCACCCCAGACGGAUAUCCCGGGGGUGAUCGAGUUUCUAGAGCAGUGGUGCGGACCGGCCAACUUUUUGUCGGGUUAGAAACGCUCGAGUAGGAUCAUUUAGGACGUCACAUUUCAAAGGAUAUUUCCAUAUGAGUGUUUUUCAA